CCGGCUGCCGAUUAAGAUUCUGAUGCCAAUAAUAUCUCAUGCUUAUAUGCUCAACUAUUAGGGUAAAAAAGGAACAGCAAAUAUAUAUAUAUUUUAUUUCAUUUAUCUCUUUUUCCAACUACGUCCCCGAUUUCCCCCUUUCAAACUUUCCUUCCCAUUUUUCUGAUCCCAUCGUUCAAAGCCAGUGGCCAUUAACGAAGGCUCCACAGUUCAAACUUUCCCCUUCUUCUCCGACUUUUAAGUGAAUUAAAUUAAGGGACCUUCCAUUUUGGCAUCCCUGACACUAAGAUCCGGUACUCACUAUGAAGUUCUUAGAAUACACUCCACUUGACCGACUAAAUGAUUUCUUGAGUGAAUUAAACCUUGGUGAACGCACCAUCAAAGGAAGCCUUGAAGCCUACUCCUGCAAACACACAGGAACAGAUAAAAGACUAUCUCUCAGUUUGGAGAAUGAGAUCCUUGACUAUCUUGGGAAAUCUUCUGAUACUGACUCCUCCUCACCAGUUGAAUUCCUUUUGAGCAGAUCAAGCCGAAAGACAUUGAUCUACUUGGUGCUUACCCUCUGUCACAUGUAUCCAGAUUAUGACUUCAGUGCAGUUAAAGCACACCAGUUCUUCACAGAGGAAAGUUGGGAUACUUUUAAGCAGAUUUUUGAUACCUACAUGCUUGAAGCCUCAAAGGAAUGGAUUGAGACAUAUGGGGGCAGUACAUUACUGGAGACUGUGUAUAAGGCUCUUGAUGAGGUUGUGAAACUCUCGGAGUGCGAAAUUUACAGUUAUAACGCAGACUCUGAUGCAGAUCCCUUUCUGGAGAAAGGAGCAAUAUGGUCAUUCAGUUUCUUCUUCUACAAUAGAAAACAAAAGCGUGUAGUGAGUUUCAGCUUUUGCUGCUUAAGUAAUUUGGUGGCUGAUGGAUUUCAUGCGGAUAACUUAUGUUAUGAGGAAGAUGGUGAAAUAUUUGAUAACAUGGACAUAUGACCACAAACAUGUACAUACUGCUUGUACAAUGAGUCAAAACCCUUGACAUUGGUGUGUAUUUAUGUUAAUGUAAUGUAUUGCUUACAUGAGCUGAGUAGAUUAGCUUUUCUAAUUUGCUGUGUACAUGUAGUUGGUAGACGCUCCCCAUGUAAUUGGAGGAUAGAAUAAUGAUGUCUAUAAAAAUGUGUCAAAUUUGAGUUUAGGUUCAUUAAGUUUGUUUCAGACAUUCCCUACCUAUCUGUGGCUCCUAUGUUUGAGGCUAUAGUCAUUUGUACUUGUAUAUGUUUGAACAACUGCUGAUUUACGUGUAUUGUUGGAUA